CUCCCCCAUUCAUUCAGCCGAGCCCAGGGGCCGAGGGGCUCGGGCGGCCAGCUCUGCUCGGCGGGAGUGCGGGCUCAGGGCCCGGGCCGCCGGGGCGCUUCCUUGCCGCCGCCCUCCGCGCGCCGCGCCGCCCGCCAGCCACCAUGUCCGACCCCGCGGUCAACGCGCAGCUGGACGGGAUCAUUUCGGACUUCGAAGCCUUGAAAAGAUCUUUUGAGGUCGAGGAGGCCGAGACGCCCAACUCCACCCCGCACCGGAGGGUCCAGACCCCUGUGCUCCGGGCCACUGUGGCUAGCUCCACCCAGAAGUUCCAGGACCUGGGCGUGAAGAACUCCGAGCCCGCAGCUCGCCAUGUAGACUCCCUCAGCCAGCGAUCCCCCAAGGCUGCCCUGCGGAGGGUCGAGCUCUCGGGUCCCAAGGCCGAGCCCGUGUCCCGGCGCACGGAGAUCUCCAUCGACAUCUCGUCCAAGCAGGUGGAGAACACCAGCACCGCUGGGCCGUCCCGCUUCGGGCUCAAGCGAGCCGAGGCACUGGGCCACAAGACGCCAGAGCCCACCCCUCGGAGGACGGAGAUCACCAUAGUCAAGCCCCAGGAGUCAGCUCACCGGAGGAUGGAGACCCCUGCCUCCAAGAUCCCCGAGGUGCCCACAGCUCCCACUGCAGACGCAGCCCCCAAGAGGGUCGAGAUCCAGGUGCCCAAGCCAGCCGAGGUGCCCGCCUCCCCCAUCCCACCCCAGACCCUGGAGAAUUCAGAACACACCCUGAUGUCUCAGCUGCAGAACAGGCUGGAGCCCAAGCCCCAGCACCCCGUGGUCGAGGCCCCACCCAAGAGCCAAGAGGCCCCUGAGGCAGCUCUUGGCUGCAUUGGCGACAUGGCCGACACCCCCAGAGACGCUGGGCUGAAGCAGGCGCCCACGCCCCGGAACGAGAAGGCCCCCGCGGACUUCGGCUAUGUGGGAAUUGACUCCAUCCUGGAGCAGAUGCGCAGGAAGGCCAUGAAGCAGGGCUUCGAGUUCAACAUCAUGGUGGUCGGGCAGAGUGGCUUGGGGAAGUCCACCUUGAUCAAUACCCUCUUCAAGUCCAAAAUUAGCCGGAAGUCAGUGCAGCCCACCUCGGAGGAACGCAUCCCCAAGACCAUUGAGAUCAAGUCCAUCACGCAUGAUAUUGAAGAGAAGGGCGUCCGCAUGAAGCUGACGGUCAUUGACACACCAGGGUUCGGGGACCACAUCAACAAUGAGAACUGCUGGCAGCCGAUCAUGAAGUUCAUCAACGACCAGUAUGAGAAAUACCUGCAGGAGGAGGUCAACAUCAACCGGAAGAAGCGCAUCCCGGACACGCGCGUCCACUGCUGCCUGUACUUUAUCCCUGCCACCGGCCACUCCCUCAGGCCCCUGGACAUCGAGUUUAUGAAGCGCCUCAGCAAAGUAGUGAACAUUGUUCCUGUCAUCGCCAAGGCCGACACGCUGACCCUGGAGGAGAGGGUCUACUUCAAACAGCGGAUCACCGCGGACCUGCUGUCCAACGGCAUCGACGUGUACCCCCAGAAGGAGUUUGACGAGGACUCGGAGGACCGGCUGGUGAAUGAGAAGUUCCGAGAGAUGAUCCCGUUCGCCGUGGUGGGCAGUGACCACGAGUACCAAGUGAACGGGAAGAGGAUCCUUGGACGGAAAACCAAAUGGGGCACCAUCGAAGUUGAGAACACCACCCACUGUGAGUUUGCCUACCUUCGGGACCUCCUUAUCAGGACGCACAUGCAGAACAUCAAGGACAUCACCAGCAGCAUCCACUUCGAAGCGUACCGGGUGAAGCGUCUGCACGAAGGCAGCCAUGCCAUGUCCAACGGCGUCGAGGAGAAGGGGCCCGAAGCCCAGGAGAUGUAGACCCACCCUGCCCCCGGGACCCUGCCCCCCAGUCCUUUCCAGCACCACCCCCAGGCCCACCCACAUGCCCCAUUUUAUUUUAUAUAAUUUUCUCCACUUGUCAUCGUUCUCUGCCCCUUUACACGCCGCCAAGUAACAAGAUCACGUGUGCCCUCCUGAGUAUGUGCAUUCUUAGCCACUGACUGUGGGGCUUGGACCGGGUGGGGCCUCGGGCAGGAGGCCGUCCCUCUGGCCGUCCCCGAGGUCUGUGAGAGGCUGGGCCACGGCCAGGAGGGGACCCGCGGCUUCGGUGCCAGCCCCCACCCCCACCCCCCAACUGCAGGCCCAGCUCCGGGUUGCACUUGGCCCCAGCCUCUUGAGUGAGGCAGGCUUGUGCAGGGGAGCUGGCCUGGCCGCCCCGGAGCCCCUUCCUGCCCCCUCUCUACGCGGCCCAGACCCGUAACUCAGAGAGCCCCCGCCCUUGCCCCUCCCUCCCCCCAGGGGAGAAUAGUUAAUUCCAUGAGAUGCAGGUUGCCAAUUGCUUAGACACCGGGAGGCACAUCGCCUGCCGCCCACCUGCGAGCCCGUCCUGGAGCAGAAAGUGCCUUUAUCAGCCGUCCACGAGCCAGCCUUCUCUCCCCCGCUGUCCCCGUCACCGGCACUGGGAACUGGGGACAAGUCGGAGAGAGGGAGCUGUGUCUUCAUCUCUCCAUCGCCUCCCCCCGCCCAGGAUUUGAUUGAGCAUGCAAAGGAAGGAAAAAGAUGCACCCCACUCCAGCCCACCCCCAUGCUUUGGGGGAAGGUCCAAGCAGGUGAAUCUGGUGGAGGAGCUGAGGGAGGAAGAGGCGACCAUGUGGGAAAGGGGGGUGCUGUGUGGGGCCGGGCCUGUUCAGAGCCGCCCACGUGACCCCAGGGCCUGCCCUGCACCGUCCCUCGUGACUGGGAGAGUGUGUUUCUGUCCGUCCGUCUGUCUGUCUGUUCAGAAAUCUCUGGCCUAAGAUGCUCCACCCCAGGUACACAUUCAGCCUUCUUGGCCCAGGCCUCGCUGACCUUGACCCCAGAAGCUUUUCGUCGCCCUAAAUGUUCCUGGGCUCCUGCAUCCCAGAGCCCAUCGUAAAGACCGCACCGCCCCCCCAAAGAGGGAGAGGUCAGGAGGCAGGUGUGCAUGGCCCCUCAUCGGGCUGCAGCCCGGGGUUUUACGAGCAGGGCUUGGCCGGUCACUCCCGCUCCCUCACCCUGCGUCUCCACGCACGGCAGAAGGCAGGUGCUUCUCCCUGCCUUCUGGAGAGCCAGGGGGCUGGCGCAGGUCAUGAGAUUAGACACAGGGGAGGUACACGUCUGUCUGCAAGCAGCGGGAGGAAGGGGAUGCAGACAGGCCUGUGCAGGGUGUGCGUGUGCGCGUGUGCGUGUGUGUACGAUGUCCUUGCAUUGUGUGCUCACUCCCCACCUGAGACAGGAAGGACCCCUCAGCGAAACCAUUGACUUGCCGACUUGCCAUGUUUUUGCCAAAACCAAGAUUUCGAAGGACACCUCCAGCUUCAGUGGUGGGGCGAGGGCGCGGGGCAGCCCCCCGGGCGGGACGGACCCGCUUUCCUUCUCUGUAGCCAGAUCGUGACAGAUCGUGACUUUUCACUGGCUUCUGUCCCACAGUGGCCUUUUGCUCUGUGCCUCCUGAGAAAUUCGUCUUUUUGUAUAAAUAACAAAGUGUUGAAACUGUAUUUCCUGAAAUAAAUGUCCGAACGCGAACGUGGCGGGGGGGACGUGCCCCUCUCCCAGACCCCAGAGGCACGGUUCUCCUUGGGGAGGAAGCCGCUGUCGCCGCGGUUCUGGGGGCUGCUGAGCCUCGUGCCGGGGCGCCGCGUUUGGGGGCUUCGGAAGCCCGCGUGUACGUGGAAAGCCAGGGGCAAGGCUUGCCCACACGGAGGCGCCGCAAGUGGCUUUCGUUCCUGUAUUGUCGGAAAUAAAGUUUCUCUUCUGGAAUCUC